AUGGUCAACUCAAAGAAUAAUAACUCGGGAAAGAAGACUUUUGGCGUUUCUUUUGUUACCAGAUUUGCCAUAUUUUCUGUUUUCGUUGGGACCUUAAACACUUUUACUUUUAGUAACAAUGGCGAUUGCUCAAACAGGCAAGUUACCGUAGGAUCCAUGUCAAGCGCACAAUACAACAGAUGCUUAGCGGAAAAAGGAGAACCAUCAGCAUCUUUUGCGUACGGUAAAACAAGCAAAGAUGAAUCAAGUAAAAAGAAGAAACAUUCCAAAAAAAGCAGCAAAAAAAGUGAAUACCCAUCAGAAGACGAAGCACCCUGCCCUAACUUUGGCCAAGAAAUUAACGAAGAAGAAAUAGAGCACCUAGGAAACAUAUUUCAAGAAUUAUCAGAGAAGGUAAAUGUGGCAGAUUAUCUAAAACAACAUGAAGGACAGAUGGAGGAAUUUGCAAAGAAAUUUGAAGAAGGUGAUGAGGAAAGUCUCAAAAUGGAAGUCUGUAUAAAUUUAUUUGAAAAUUUGACAGAUUCUUUGAUAGAGGCAUAUGCUAAAGAUACAAGUGAGGAAAAGAAAAUGAAAAUGAAGAAAAAUGCCCAAAAAACUACUAACAAGUUGCUUAAGUACUGUUUGAAAGAGCAGAAAAAACAUAACAAAAAUAAGGAAAAGGAAAAGGAAAAGGAAAAACGGAGUAAAAAAUAA